AUGAGGAGCUGGCUUCGUGAAGGCAAGAAAAUUAGAUUGUUUCAUCUGGUUAAGGCGUUUCAGAUGGCAGAGUGUACAGUAGCCCUAGUAGCAAUGGAGGACAGUGACCGUGAAGCUGACUCAGCAUCUGAUGAUCAGGACUCUAUGCCAGCAUCCCCUGAACCCAAAGCACAUGAAGUGGAACAGCACUUCCCUAAGGAAGACUCUGAUGACUCCGAGCUGGAGAACAUCAUAGGACAUCACCCACCCAAAGAGGGCCACCCGUUCGCCCACCACAGGCUCCAUAAGGGCGAGAGUGAGGGUGAGGGGCAUAGCAGACCCCACACCCCGGGAACACCCACCUACCUGAGGGCCACCACGGUGCCCAGGGGCCCGGGAGAGUUAGAGCACGAGUCCAGACACAUGGCUCAGCGGGGCCACGUGGAGUUUAGCCUGCCGUCUCCUAUCAGCCCCUCCAGACCUAAAAGUCCCUGGGGUCGAUAUGACCCAUACGACUCUACUGAGGAUCAAGAUAAGGAGUAUGUGGGAUUUGCCACUUUGCCAAAUCAGGUUCACCGCAAAUCUGUGAAGAAGGGCUUUGACUUCACUUUAAUGGUAGCUGGAGAGUCUGGUUUAGGAAAAUCCACCCUGGUCAACAGUCUGUUCCUCACAGAUCUCUACAAAGACAGAAAACUGCUGAACGCUGAGGAGAGGAUCACUCAGACGGUGGAGAUCACAAAACACACAGUGGACAUUGAAGAGAAGGGCGUCAAACUCAAACUCACUAUCGUGGACACACCAGGAUUUGGAGAUGCUGUCAAUAACACUGAAUGCUGGAAGUCAGUGGCAGAUUACAUUGAUCAGCAGUUCGAGCAGUACUUCAGAGACGAGAGUGGACUGAACCGCAAGAACAUUCAGGAUAAUCGCGUGCACUGCUGCCUUUACUUCAUUUCACCCUUCGGUCACGGUUUGAGGCCUCUGGAUGUGGAGUUCAUGAAAGCUCUCCACGAGAAGGUCAACAUUGUUCCUGUACUAGCUAAAGCAGACACACUCACCCCGACUGAAGUCAAGAAGAAGAAGAUCAAGAUUCGAGAGGAGAUCGAGCAAUACGGGAUCAAGAUCUAUCAGUUUCCAGACUGUGAUUCGGAUGAAGAUGAGGACUUCAAACAACAAGACCAGGAGCUCAAGGACAGUAUUCCCUUCGCUGUGAUUGGCAGUAACACAGUAGUGGAGGCGAAAGGCAAGAGGGUUCGAGGCCGUCUGUACCCCUGGGGUAUUGUAGAAGUGGAGAAUCCAGCACACUGUGACUUUGUGAAGUUGAGGAACAUGCUGGUACGAACACACAUGCAGGAUCUGAAGGAUGUGACACGGGAAACUCACUAUGAGAACUACAGAGCGCACUGCAUUCAGAGCAUGACACGCAUGGUGGUGAAGGAGCGCAACCGCAACAAAUUGACCCGGGAGAGUGGCACAGACUUCCCCAUUCCAAUGGUGACCGGCGUCACUGACAACGAGACGGAGAAGUUGAUCCGUGAGAAAGACGAGGAGUUGCGACGGAUGCAGGAGAUGCUGCAGAAGAUUCAAGAGCAGAUGCACACACAGAAAGAGGCAUAUUAACAAUGUGUCAUUCUGCUCUUAAGCACUGCCCCUGACCACACCCACCAGAGUUGCCCCUCCCCCUCCAGCACCUUCACUGUGAUAUCUGUCGAAUUACUGCAGUAUAUGAGAACUGGAGCCAGUACCACUGCUCCUUAUACUCAUAUUAUGCAGCCUUUUAUGCCGGGUUCACACAUCCUCCGUGAGCGGCGUGGUCGCGUUGGACGUUCACAUUGGCUGCGUCUCUUCCGCGAGAAACAGCAGCACCUCUGUGCAGAAAAUUAUGUUAUCUAUGGGGUCCUACGCCAAAUGUAUUCUUUAAUAAGGUCAUAAUAAGCUGAGGUUAUUGCUGCUUCAAGGACAACAGCGGGCAGUCACAUGCAAUUCAUCUUUAUCAGCACACUUGGUUGUGAUUGGUUAAUUUUGUGUCUAUACUGUACGGCAGUUUAUUAAUUCUUUAUUUUAUUGAGUUUACUUGCAUGCAGACAUAUAAAUUGUAGUGUACUAUAGGUUCAGUUUGAAUAAUUUAGAUUUUUUAAAAAAAAAAAUUGUGUCUUUUCUAUAAUCUCCUGAUUAUUUUAGUGUUGUACUGCACCCAGAGCCACUGAUCUCAGCAUGAGCCACAUGGCAAAAAUAGGGUCAACGCCGAAACUAUUCACUCAAUGCCGUGUCUCGGACGCGCCACCUUACGACUCACCCUUGCAGUGCGAUCGGUGUAAUCCGUUAAUAUGGACGGCGAAAUGAAUACGCCCCGCUCACAGAGGAUGUGUGAACCUGGCGGGGCACCAGAAACUCCACUGACUGCCCUUCCUUGCACAUUAUACAUUAUUCAAGGACCCGAUAGAAGUCGCGGAACACAGACGAUCACCUCGCAGCGCGCACCACGUCAGAUUAUUACCUCGUGCACCCCCCUCUGUUUAGGGCAUCAGUUUGGCCCGCGCCGGCCUUGUCUAGAGCUUAGUGCACGUGAUGACCAUAUCAAUGAAGACACAUUUUGUUUGUGCAUUCACAUUUACAAUUCCAGAAAUAGAGUAAACAGUUUAUACAUUUGAAUCUCAUGAAUACAUGCCGGGUCAUAUUUCACCCAAAAAUCAAAAAACACAUUAAGAAAUUUUAUUUUGCAGUAAGAAAAUGAAGUCUAUUUUAGGACUAUUAAGAUUUUUUGCAUUGUGACAUAAUUUUAUGGACAAUUAAACAAAUUUUCCUAAAUUUUCAAACCUUUCCCAAAAUUCUAAUUACUAUAUUAUGAAAAAAAAAAAAAAAAAAAAAAAAAUCUAAUUCUCAUACUGUAAUGCAAUACAAAAAUAAUGAUAUCUUAUUUAAAUUAUAUAAUUAAUUUAGACAGAUAUUAAUAUUUAAAAUGUCUUACAAUAUUUCUUUCUUUUUUUUUCUUUUUUUUUUUUUUAUACAAUAAUGACUGACAGGAAUGAGAAUGGAAAUCACCAUUGAGAAUAAUGAUAAUUACAAAAUAAAAAUAAAACUGUAAACUUCCCAGAUGUAUUACGUAAUCAGAAUGAUUAAUGUUUUAUAAUAUAAAAUAGUUUAAUAAUUUAAAUAUAUAUAUAUAUAUAUAUAUAUAUUGAUGUAUAUUUAAGUACAUUUCCCCAAAUUCAAAAAUAAAAAUAAUAAAAAAAAAUCUCAUUCUCAUUACUGCAAUGCGUCUGGGAGGUUUACGUUUGAGAUUUGUUUUUCUUUUAUUCUUUUUUCUUUUCUUUUUUUCAGAUUUUGCGGUAAUUCUCAUUAUUACGAAGGGAAUUUAUUUUCUGAAAUAGUUUUGUAUUCUUUUGCAAUUAUUUGGGGUUUCGUGGUUUUGCUAUAGUGAUAUUAUAUUAACCAUGACUGUAGUAACUCUGGUUAGUAUUUUGUUUACUGUAGUUUUACUACAAAUACCAUGUUUAAACAAUGGUUACUGUAAUAAUACCCUAGUUAAUUUUCAUAAGGGUUAACCAUAGUUUUACUACAUUAACCAUUGUUGAACUAUGGUCACCAUGAAAUUAUGAUUUUUACUAAAACCAUGGUAAAUGUUGUGAUUAAUAUGGUUUUACUACAAAUACCAUUGUUCAGCUAUGGUUACUGUAAUAAUCAGUAGUUAAUGUAUUGCAAGAGAAUACAGAAUGUAUUGUGAGGGAACGCAAAACUAUAUUCGAAAAAACUUAAUUCCCACCCUAUUUCUUAAUAGUAAUUUUUAUUAGAUUCUCAUACCGUAACACAGUCAUCAUUCUAUUACAGUAAAAAAAAAAAAAAAAAAAAAAAAAAAA